ACAGGCAGGCCCAGGGCCAAAGGAAUUUAACACAUGAACUGCCAAUCAGUAUCUGCAGUCAAAAACGCCCUCGCUAUAUGCUGUGGCGUUAACUAUUACGGCAAAUUACAUAACAUUACUACAGGAAGCUGCCGGUCCUGAUAACAGGAACCAACCCAUGCUCCUCCAAGGGAGAAGUUACAUAGUCACUGGAUUUCAGCCAGAAGAGGAAGAGUAGAGCUGUACAUACACAGUCAGGACAACAAAGCAAACAGCACCCAGGACCACCAAGAAGAUCAGAUGGAGGAGUCUCAGUUCUACCAAUGGCUUCACCUGUUGGGUCUCCUGGCUCUAUCAUAUCUGGUCCUGAAACAAGUGUGGACCCUGCUGAUCGGGAUCAAAAACCAUAUACUCUCCCGGUGGUGGAGGACUAACCUCAAGAAGAAGUAUGGAGGAUGGGCAGUGGUAACUGGAGCGUCAGAUGGAAUUGGGAAGGCAUACGCAAAGGAGUUGGCCAGGAGAGGCCUUGAUGUCGUCCUCAUCAGUCGGAAUGUGGAGAAGCUACAAAAGGUUGCAGAUGAGAUAGAAAAAGAAAGCCGACGAAAAACAAAAAUCAUCCAGUUGGACUUCACCGGAGGGCCUGACAUUUAUCCAAAGGUGGAGAAGGCUUUGAAGGACCUGGAUAUCGGAAUUUUAGUAAAUAAUGUCGGGAUGAUUUACUCCUCUGAAGGAUGCAGAUUUCUUGAGGUCCCUAAUAUAAACAAGUGGCUAAACGACAUCAUGAACUGCAAUGUUUUAUCCAUGGUGCAGAUGACCAAGAUUCUGUUACCUAGAAUGGUGCAGAGGAAAAAAGGUUUAAUCAUAAACGUUUCCUCCGAUGCUGGCGCCCGUCCUUAUCCAAAUGCAGUGAUGUAUAGUGCUACUAAGGCUUUCAUGGACUUUUUCUCCCGCUCCCUCUACUACGAGUACAGAUCUGAUGGGAUUACAGUUCAGUCUCUUCUGCCACUCUACGUGUCCACCAACAUGAACAGCAACAUGGGCACCAACUUUCUGGUGAAGACCAGCGAUGACUAUGCCCGGGAAGCUCUGAACACCGUGGGGUACUCCCAUCGUAACAAUGGCUGCCUCUCCCACUGCCUCCAGAGUUACAUCCUUGACCACCUGAUGUCCGAGACCAUCAGGACCUCCCCGAUCCUGCACUUUAUUUCAGACUACACCACAGAUCUGCAGGUCAAGAUGAUGAAAAUGAACUAGAGCCAUCAAUAAAUAUAAGCAAGAAAUAACUAAAGAAGUCCAUCCAAUAAAGAACAAAAUCCCUAAAAAAGUGGAGUCCAGCAGACCUACGUAUUUAUCACUCUCGGCGCUUAACCAUGGUUCAUCAAUAAAAGCUGCUAAUGUUUUGCAA